AUGGCAUCACCGCCGUCUUCGACUAAUCAGUUCACGCGUGCAUUGGAGCUGACGCACAUGUACAUCCCCGACGUGACGCAGCGGCAGCGGCUGGAGGCGGAGCAGUACCUCAUGGCGCUGCGUGCCACCGCCGAUGGCCUCAACUUGGCAUUUCACAUCGUGAGCAACGAGCCGGUGCACGAGGUACGCUGCUUCUGGGCCUUCAACACGAUCAUGCACCACUUGCCGAGCCUCGCGUGCAGCAUCAACGCCGCACAGGCGGAGGAGCUCUACCGCACGCUCUUCUCUUUUAUCUACCGCUUUUUCUUCUCCUCCGCGGCGCCGGCAGUGCAGCAGCGGCAGCCGUUGGACUACCUCGCCAACAAGCACGCGCAGAUGAUGGUCGCCGGCCUCCAGGAGUUCUUCCCCACGCGCUGGUGCUCCUUCUUCGACGACGCCUUCGAACUGCUCGAGCGAAGCGGCACGCUGCCGCACGUUGCCGACGCCGUUACAGUCUACGUGCUGCGGCUCUUUGAGUACAUUGACGAGCGCGUCGUGUCGGUGCGGUCGCGCGGCGAUCGUGGCCGUGAGCAGCGUGCGCGCGACAUGGAGCUCAAGGACGCCAUGCGGGAACAGGUGAUGCCGCGUGCCGUCGCGACGUGGUACAACAUUCUGUGCAGCUGCCGCAUCCACGCGCCGGAGAUCGCGCGGAUAUGCCUCUGCGUGGUACAGACAUACAUUGAGUGGGUAGACGUCGCCCUCUUUAUCACGGCGGAGUGGAUCAACCUGCUCUACUUCCUCGUGACCACGCCUGCUGUGCGGGGGGCCGCAUGCGAGUGCAUCUACAGCUUAGUGGAGAAGAAGCAGCUACCGGUGGUGAAGAUGGAGUCUCUGCGCAUUCUCAACGUGGUCGAUGCACUGCCCCGCAUCGCCAGCCUGCUUCAGGUGCCGCCGGAGACGGAGGAAGAUGCUAAUUUUCUUGAAGUGGUUGCACGCCUCAUGUGUUCAGUCGCAGAACAGUUCCUGGCCCUCUACGAGAACGUCACUGCCGUUGCUGAGCAAACUAACAUUCAUAAUGGUAAUAACCCUAACAAUAAUAAUAAUAAUAAUAAUAGCAGCAGCAACAUGGGCGGUGGCGAAGUCGGCGGCAAGUGCAGUGGCACAAAGAGUAAAGAGUUACAGCUGCAGCAGAGUGGAAAUUUGCCAGUGGAGUGCCUGGACGCUGUGAGUGCGGCACUCGACACGGUCUCAGGGCACUUGCUACAGCUGCUGAGCGUCAUCAACAGCGAUGUGAGCGACACGUUACUGCCGUUCGUUCAGGCAUACACCAAGUCGGCCGCACUUCGUGAGAAACAGGCGGUGCAGCUGCUUCUUAUAUUGUACGACCAAACAAUUAUACGCGGCGUCGCGACGAAGGAGGAUUUGAUGUGGCUUGAUGAUGUCAUUGAUCGCCGCAAGCAGAUGCACAAUCUCAUGCGGCUGCUGUUUCGCCGCUACCCCACAGUCGUACAGCAACACAUGCAGGCGGUGAUUCAACGCUCUGCUGGUGGAGGCGACCUGAGCUCUAACGCGAUGGCGAUCGGAGGCACGAGCGCCGAACAAAUGCCACUGUCGCAGCAGCAUGGGCAGGUGCGAAGCGUGAACUGUGGGGAUAGUGGCGAGGGCAACGGCUGUGACCCAGCGGAGGUGGAGGCGGCACUGCGUUACUUUUAUGAACUAGGCGAAUCCAUUCGCAUGGAGAAGCUGCGAGACGCCAGCAAUGAAUUUGCGCAGCUUCUGUGUGUCGUGCUGUCCUCCGAGUGCAUUGCGCGGUGUCCGUGUGCCGUAGUGCAUCUUAGCUACUUUGAGGUUCUCGACCGCUACUACACCUUUUUCAUCUACCACAAGGAGUACAUUCCACUCCUAUUGCAGCGACUUCUGCUCUCGCCCCACGGCGUCACAAAUCGGCACCCACGUGUUCGCGCGCGGAUCUGCUACCUCUUCGGACACCUCGUGCAGCUGUUGAAGGGGAACCUCAUGCCGCACAAGCAGGACAUUCUGCAGGCGCUGCGCGUCGCCUUCACCUCCGGUGUGCUGCUACCGAGCGAUCGCUGUGAGUUGUACGAGGCGACCGGUAACCUACUGAGUGUAAUGCCGCCCUUGCCUACAUCUGCCGGUACUGCUGCUCCUGCUGGGGAUGCCGUGGGAGAUGGCGAGACGAUGAUCGUGCAGGUGAUGCAGGCUGUGGCGCAGAACCUGCGCGAUACGUCAGUAUCCUCCUUGAGUAGCGUAGCUGCGACUGUGACUGGUGUGGCUGUGGGUGCGGGCGGCGACUCUGCGUGUGCGGAGGCAGUGGCAGACGCCGUGUCGUAUUUGAGUGCACUCGCCAAGGGUUUGCGUGGCGGGAGCAGCAGCGGCGGCGGUGACGCUUCUGGCGGCAGCAGUUGCAACAGCAAUGCCGGGCCGGCGGACACCAUCGCGGCAGCGAUGUUCUACGACAUCACGGGGGAUGUGAUGGCGGCGCUUAGUGCUUGGCGGGUCUCUGCGUCGGUGCGGGACCGCGUGUCGCAGUACUUCACGCAGAUGGUGCACACGCUACCGUUCGAGUCGAUGCUCGUGUACUUCCCUUCGUACGUCAGCGACGCGCUGGCGUGCAUGGAGGCGAUUCCUGAGCUGACGAAGCUGCUGCGGCUGCUGAACCAGUUCGUCCACCGCAGUGGGGUGCGCGUUGUGCCGGUUCUCGCGCGCGUCCUGCCUCUCCUGCUGCAAAAGGUGGCAGCCGUGGGGGAGCUGUCGCUUUCGCAGAUGGAUAUGGGUGUCGUCUCGGAGAGCACGCGUGAGAGGCGCGAAGUUUACAGGCAGCUCUUCUGUGUGCUUCAGGGCGCCGCACAGGCGGGUUGUGUUGCGGUCAUUGUGACCCUCCCACCAGCAGAGCUUAGAGCUCUUCUCUCGCAGCUCUUCGCCGCGGUCCAUCUACCUGGUGAGGUGGAGCUGUCAAAACUCGCUCUGCAGAUAAUGACAAAACUCACCGUCUGCACCACCACCACCACCACCACCACCACCAGCAGCAGCACCAGCAGAACCAUUGACGGGGUCACGAAUGACAACUGCAUUGUGAACAGCAGUGGCGUCUGCAGCAAUAACUUUAAGGAAGCCUCUCUUGCUGGUGCUGGUGUUGGUAGUGAGAAUAGUGUUGUUGUUGAUGGUGGUGGUGGUGGUGGUGGCAAUAGUGUUGGUGGCGAAGACUUGGUGUUGUUUAUGCUGAAUGAGCUGGUGCCGGCGUUGCUGCAGCGUUUCCUGUCCCCGACGUUUGACCUGAAAGAUGCGAAGAACUUUCUUCUUAUUGGCGAGGCGGGGCUCUUACUAAAGGCGUUGAUGGACCGGCUUGGUCCAGGCAACCCGUCGCUGUGUGUGCUGCUGUACAACACGCUGCAGCCGCUGGUAGGCGCGGAGGAGGCGACGGGACUUGUGACCGCGUUGCAGAAGGAGCCACGCUUCACAACAGAGAUGAAAGUGCGGUUCCGCAACAUGCUGCAGGUAGCGAAGGAGCGGCGGGAUGUAACAAGCAUUGCGACAUGA